AGCGAGCGCGUUUUUUAUCUCUCCUUCUGUUGAACAUUGUUUUCUGUAAGAAUUUUGUUGGGUUUUUUAUCUCCCUCUAGGGUUCUUGAGAUCCUAUCUCGGUCUCCUAUGCUCUCUGAUCUCUGCGAUACAGCUGAAGUAGUGGUUGGAUGGUGAUUAGGGAAAUGGCUGUUCUGUCGGUGGAGUCCUUCCCGCUGGGCUUCCGAUUCCGUCCAACGGACGUGGAGCUCGUGAAUCAUUACCUCAAGGGAAAGAUCACUGGCCGGAUCAAGUCCGAGGACGAGGUCAUCUCCGAGAUAGAUAUCUGCAAGUGCGAGCCGUGGGACCUUCCGGAUAUAUCAUUGAUCAAAUCGAGCGAUUCGGAGUGGUUCUUCUUCUCGCCGAAGGACCGGAAAUAUCCCAACGGCAACCGUUCCAACCGAGCUACGAAGGCUGGCUACUGGAAAGCCACAGGGAAGGAUCGGAUGAUCAGGUCCAUAUCUCGGGUUCCUACAAUCAUAGGCACUAAGAAGACCCUUGUAUUUUACCAAGGCCGUGCCCCCAGCGGCGUCCGCACUACUUGGGUCAUGCACGAGUACCGCACCACCGAGAAGGAGUUUGACUCAGGAGAGCAGGGUGGCUUCGUUCUCUGUCGUUUGUUCAAGAAGCCUGAAGAGAAGACCCAAAUUUCUGAUAUUGAUGAUUGCACGGAGGGAAAUGUUGGUGAGAUGGAGAGUGGUGACCCCUCUCCUGCUCCUGCUCCUGCUCCAGGCAUGCUUUCACCAGUUGAGAUGCAGCAAGGAGUAGAAGCAACAGUGGAAGUUGUUUCACCAUUGGAUCACAAGCUUCCGGGGUCAUAUUUGCAAGAAAAUUUACAGCCUUUGCCUCCGACCUCUGAUAUGCAAUCAUCGGGUGUCCACGAGUUGCUAGAAGAGAGCCACUGCAGUGAAACUGUUGUUUCAGAUCCUCCUUGUGAAACCCUUGUGGGAAAUGAGUUUGGUCUUCGCCUGGAUGAUUUACCACAAUAUCUUAACCCAGACUUUGACAAGCUUGGUGGAGUUGACCAGGAAUUUCCAGAAUUUGAUUACCAUUCCAAUUCCCCAAGAAUAACUUACACGGGGCAUGCAUUUGAUGCUGGAGUUGACUGGGAAUUUUCGUCAGGCCUCAAUCAAUGUGACAGCGUUGAAGACGACUCUGUCACCGAGUUCUUAGAUGCAGUGCUUUGUGAUCCAUAUGAAUGUUCCCCUGAAGUAUCAUAUGUCUGUAGAAGUCUAAAUACUGAGUUUGAGCCACAAGGUCAGAUUUGUGUCAGCACAGAUGAAACCCCCUGGGACUCCCUAUCAGGCAAAAAGAGCAAGAGAGGCAGUGACAAAGAUGAUAAAGCUACUGUCUUAGAUGACAGCAUAGGAUUUUCUGGUGAAAUCUACAAGCUUCCUGUUUGUUCGAGCACCUUGUCACAGAAGAAUAGUUGUAUUGUUCCUACAAGACAGCACAGGAUUUUGGUGUUUCCUAAUCACAAUUUGAGCCAAAAUGUUUCCUUAAUGGACUCUGCAAGUGCCUUGCAUCAAGAAACGGCCAGGAUGAGCAACUGUGACAAGGCUGGAAUCCAGAUCAGCACUCAUAAUAAUUUACAAGAGUUAGAUUGCUUGAUUGAACCACAAAGCCUGCUGAUGAGACGGUUGCGUUUGCAAAAGUUUGUUCGUAAAGGAUCUGUUCCCAGCACUGAUCAAGUAUUAAGCACCAGAAAUGAUGUGAUGAAAUCAGCUGCCAAUGAGGUUCGAGAAAUUUUGAAGCAUCAAUUCAGUGAAGAACAACCUGUUUUUAGUCGUAUUGCCAGUACCACUUCAGAGGGCUUUUCUUCUCAUGGAGAACUUGACUACAUGGUGAUAAUAAACUGAUGGGGUGACAUGUGAUAUUUUGACUCAUCCUAUCAUACUAGGGAAGUAAUUUUACUCAAAUCCAUUAAUCUGAAGAAAGUACAUUGGAGAAUUAAUGCAGCUGAAAUUUUAAAGGAUGAUUUGGCUAGGAAACCCCAUGGUUUCAAGCACUGUUUUGAUGAAUCCUUAACAAACAGAAACAAAAGCUUUUUGUACAUCAACCUCCAAUGAGCAUCUACAAUACCAAUUAUUGGACAAGGAAGUAUCUUUUCAGCUAUUUUUUAGUCUGUUGUCUACAUUCUUGUUCCCAUUUACAGAGACCAUGGCUUGUUUGAGCACAACAGAUGCAACUUCUCACCAUUACUAGAUCCUGUUUCAGCAUUGUCAUUCCAAAUUGGAUCUGUAAAGAAAGAAAAAGCUACCUUCUGCAGCAAAUUUAGGCAUUGUGGAUAUUGCAAGUUUUGAAUUCAUGAAGAAAGUAAUCCAUCCCCCUGUGGAAGUCAGCUCAUCUGUGACUCCUUUUUAGUAGAAACUUUCUUCAGCCUGGAAUUGAUCUGAAGACACUUUUCUGCUUAACUGUUCCACUGUUGCUGAAUAAUCAUGUGUGUCAGCUUCCAGUUUUUUCUUACUAUCAAUAAGUUGCUGCCUCAUAUCAGAAUUUUUGGGGUUUCUUAGAUCCUUAAACAUAGCUUUCAAUUCCCUCGAUUUCUGUAUGACUUUAAACAUUAUAAAUCUAUCAACACAAUUUCUUCAAGCCAGCCACCC